AACCAUUGGCGCCGGAGAUUUUCGUUAUGCUAUAAUUUACUUUCUUCGCACCUCGAUCUCCUCAUAGUCUUCCCAUAUAAAUUUCUACUCCGCGUUAACAGAUGGAUCGUCAAUGGUAUUCUAGAUUGCAAGAAAAUGUUGAGAUCUACCGGAAAACACAGUUUCACAAAAUCCACCGUCAUUUUUUCGCUUGUUUGCUUACUUGGUAUCGCUCUAACGGUUGAUGUUUUCUGGGCAACUCGUUCUUCUUCUUCUUCCUCGGUAUAUUCAUCAAUUGCAUCGAACUGGCCUCGGGAGGAGAGCCAUGUUGUUGUGCUUCCAAAAGCCGCAAACGACACUGACUCAGAAGAGACAGUAGAUGAUAAAGCGAAUCGUGUUCCUCAACGGCUAUUAUCAGCUACAUUUGCUGAUAUCCCUGCUCCGGAAUUAGAAUGGGAGCAGAUGCCGAGCGCACCUGUUCCGCGAUUGGAUGGUUCAGCGGUGCAGAUCAAGGAUCUUCUAUACGUGUUUUCAGGAUACGGAACCCUUGAUUAUGUGCAUUCACAUGUUGAUAUCUAUAACUUUACGGAUAAUACCUGGAGUGGCAGAUUAGAAGCCCCGAAAGAUAUGGCAAAUUCACAUUUGGGAGUGGCAACCGAUGGAAGAUAUGUAUAUGUUGUGGCCGGGCAGUCUGGUCCACAGUGCAGGACUCCUCCUACAUCUAAUACAUUUGUGCUCGACACAGAGACGGAAAAGUGGGAGCGGUUCGCACCACUACCAGCCCCUAGGUAUGCUCCGGCAACUCAGAUUUGGAAGGGAAGACUCCAUGUAAUGGGUGGGAGCAAAGAGAAUAGACAUACACCGGGGACCGAUCAUUGGAGUAUUGCAGUGAAGGAUGGUAAAGCAAUCGAGAAGGAAUGGCGGAACGAAACCCCUGUACCCCGAGGGGGACCGCACAGGGCUUGUGUUGCUGUUGGCGACGAGCUUUACGUUAUUGGUGGUCAAGAGGGUGACUUUAUGCCAAAACCAGGGUCGCCUAACUACAAAUGCUCGCGGAGGAAUGAGGUGGUUUAUGGGGAUGUUUAUAUGCUUGAUAGUGAAAUGAAGUGGACCGUUUUGGCCCCCAUGCCCAAACCCAAUUCCCAUAUUGAAUGUUCUUGGUUUCUCUGGAACAACUCCAUCAUUAUUAUGGGAGGCACCACUGAGAAGCACCCUGUGAAUAAAAGGAUGAUCUUAGUGGGGGAGGUCUUCCGAUUUCAGUUGGACACAAAGCAAUGGUCUGUUAUCGGACGGCUGCCAUACCGUGUAAAAACCACAUUGGCGGCUUUCUGGGAUGGAUGGAUGUAUUUCACAUCUGGACAGAGAGACAGAGGGCCUGAUAAUCCACAACCUAAGAAAGUAGUCAGAGAAAUGUGGAGAACCAAGCUGAAGUUGUGAUAUCAUAUCUUCUUACCUGCCCUCAUUCUACCCUAUCACAGGCUUUUUUCCAAUUUUGUUUAUUGUUUUAACUUUGAAAGCAAAAGUGAAAUGAGAUGGAUUGUAGUGCGAGUGUCCUGAUCUUCUGUAGCACAUGUAAUUAAUUCUGUGCAUGUAAUUUAGAACGUACAGGCGCAUAUUAUUUUCUUAGUAAUUAAAGCUUCGGCACUUAUUAUUA